AUGGUGUUCAGCUAUGCUUUUAUCGUAGCAAGCACAAAUGACUUUGCAAGCCAGAAUAAACUCGGAGAGGGUGGUUUCGGACCUGUUUAUAAGGGGAAACUUAGCGAUGGACGGGAUAUGGCAAUUAAAAGGCUUUCAAGAGCAUCAGGACAAGGGCUUGUGGAAUUCAAGAAUGAACUCGUACUUAUUACCAAACUAAAACAUACAAAUCUUGUUCGGGUCCUAGGUUGUUGUAUUCAUGGAGAAGAAAAAAUGUUAAUUUAUGAGUAUAUGCCCAACAAAAGUUUGGAUUUUUUUCUCUUUGAUGAAACAAAAAAGAUGCUCCUAUAUUGGAUGAAACGAUGGAACAUCAUUGAAGGGAUUGCUCAAGGCAUGCUUUAUCUACAUAAAUACUCAAGAAUGCGAGUUAUUCAUAGAGAUCUAAAAGCAAGUAAUGUCUUGUUAGAUGAAUGUAUGAACCCUAAGAUUUCUGAUUUCGGUAUGGCUAGAAUUUUCAAGCAACAUGAGACCGAAGCAAUGACCAAUAGGGUGGUCGGAACAUAUGGUUACAUCGCUCCUGAGUAUGCAAUGGAAGGGACUUUCUCGGAGAAGUCUGAUGUUUUCAGCUUUGGAGUCUUAACCCUGGAAAUUGUUAGUGGAAGGAGAAAUACUAGCUUUUCUCAUUAUGAUAAGACUCUCAACCUAAUUGGAUAUGCAUGGGUACUGUGGCUAGAAGGGGACACACUUGAGCUUGAGGAUCUAACGCUAAUAAAUACUCAUGCCAUACAUCAACUGUUAAGGACUGUCCAUGUUGCACUUCUCUGCGUCCAAGAAAACGCAUCGGAUAGGCCUUUGAUAUCGGGCGUUUUAUCUAUGCUUAACAAUGACACAAUGACACUACCUGUCCCAAAUCAACCAACAUUCUUUAUUGGUAGAACCGCUUCGAACUCAACUUCAGAGGAAAGGAAGUCAAAUGAAUGUUCAGUAAACAAGAUGACUGUUACGGUAAUGGAGGCUCGAUAGCAUGUCAUAGUCAUGAAAGAUCUUAAUGUCCAAGAGUCAUUAUAGAAUGAUAUUGCUAAUGACAUAUGAUCAUAUAGGAUCACAACUUAUAAUAAGUUAUUACUAACUGAUUAUUUUUUAGAGUAAUUUUCAUUAUUAUUUUCUACAGAGCUUCGACUUUGGAGCUUUUGCCAUCUUCAUCAAAUCCUAAUUUUCAAAAGGAACCAAAAACUUCAAAUAUUGUAAUCUUCUUCUGUC